AAUCUCUUGGUACAGUUGUUCAUCAAUCAGCCUUCAUCCUCAUCCCUACUGUCUCGUGUACUGUGGUUCCGUGGCUCCUGUCACCAUAGAAGUUAACCUCGAUUUUGUGUGUCGUUUUCGUUUGCUGCAUUUUUCUGCCUUAUAAGUUUACAACCUAUUUUUCUAUUUUAGUUUGAAAGCGUUUUAACUAAGAUCAAGAUGAGUGACGACGGAUUCAGCGACUUUGCAUCGGAGGAGUCUUCUUCGGAUGAUGACUUAGAAUUUAUGCAAGACUCGAAAGUAAAAAACGAAGACUAUUUGGAGACAACUGUCCCACAAUAUUCUGAUGAAACAUUUUUCGAGCAUUUCCGCGUGUCGAGAAAUGUGGUCAACGAAAUAAGCGGCAUGUUCCAGAACAGUGAAUACUACAGAAGCAAAUCUGGCCCAUAUGGCAAACUGUUAUCCGGUGACCAGGUACUGGUCUAUUUAUGGUACGUUGGGCAUGAGGCUGCAGCACAUUUCAGGAAUAAUGGGUUUCCAAGAGUCAUCGGUUGUAUAGAUGGAUCGCACAUAAAACUUGAUAAACCAGAAAAUGACCCUGAAUCAUACAUAAACAGAAAAGGCUUUUACUCUAUUCAAAUCCAGGCUGUGUGUGAUCAUCAGAGAAGGUUUAAAGAUUUAUUUGUAGGGUAUCCAGGAUCAGUUCAUGACAGUUGAGUUUUUCGGACUUCUCCUCUAAGUCAGACAUUAGAACAAAAAUGUGGGACCUAUUUUAUACUGGGAGACAGUGGAUACCCUGUUCAAAAAAAUCUGCUAACACCCUACAAAGAUCGAGGGACUCUAACUCACCAACAGAUAAAUUACAAUAUAAAGUUAUCUAAAAAUAGAUGCAUUAUUGAACAUUCUUUUGGUAUGCUGAAGCAAAAAUUCCGUCAACUCUAUCACAUCAAGUUACGGAAGAUACCAUUGAUAGUCCAUUUUGUAAGAGCAGUCUGUGUUCUCCAUAAUAUUGCUAUCAAGGAUGAACUUCCUGAUGCUAAUUUAAUAGAGACAAUCGAGGCUGAGAAUGCUGCAGUAGCCAUUGGUGAUGAUAAUGAGGAUAUAGAAGAUGAUGGUAGUGCUGUUGCUAUUAGGGACCACAUUGCAGCUAUAUUAUGAAGUGGGACAGCUAAUAAUUUCAUAAAAAUAUGGGUCCACAAAUGCUCCAUUUUUAUGAUAAAUGGUAGCUUUCCAUCUUUCACAGUUUAUUUUACAUUCAUCAAAAAACUGUGGGGGUAUUUGUAUGAAUAUUAAAAACUUGAGCAUCGAAUCUAUUCAAUCACAGGUUUUUGAUAAAUGUAAAAUAGAAAAUUAAAGGUGGAAAACAUUUAACACAUGCACACAUAUGAAUAGAGCAUGACUGGGUCCAUUGUCAUGUGAACUUUUCUUUACAUUUUACAAUAUUUUAUCUGACCUUAAAUGUCUGUCACUACAUUUUGUAACACCUUGUAUAAUAUCAUUUAAAUAGUUUGUGUUAAUUUUAAAGAAACUCAUGUGCAUAAUGAGGUGAAAGUAUUUAUUACUGCUUUGUAAAAUCUAUACAUGUACAUUUCUCUUGUUUUAUGUUGAUAGAUUGUCUUUUAUUGCAGUCUUUCCCCAAAUCACAAAUGUAUUUGUAGUGUUUAGGAUCUAAUAAAUGUGUUGCAUUAUAUGACUAUGUGUAUGAAUCAAG